AUGUCACCAUAUGAGGCAUUGUACGAAAGACCUUUUCGAACACCUCUAUGUUGGACGGAAGUUGGAGAACGAAGAUUAUUCGGACCAGGAGUCAUUGAAGAAACAUUGGAGAAGCAGCAAGUCAUCCGAGCAAACAUGAAGAAGGCACAUGAUCGACAGAAGAAGUACGCGGAUCAAAGAAGGCGAGAAGUAGUAUUUGCAGUUGGAGAUAUGGUCUAUCUCAAGGUAUCAGCUCAGAAAGGAAAGGAUCGUUUCAGCAAAGUCGGGAAGGUAGCAGUUCGUUUCAUUGGUCCAUACCGGAUCAUUGGAAAAGUAGGAGAAGUAGCUUACAGACUAGAGCUGCCAGAAGACAUGAAUUUACACCUUGUAUUUCAUGUAUCUAUGCUGAGAAGGCACAUUCGAGAUCCUGAUUCUAUCGAGCCUGAGAGAAUCCCAGAGCUGAGGACAAAUCUCACAUAUCCAGAAGGGCCGAUACGCAUCGGGGAACGACGUUUGAAGAAGCUGAAGAAUAGGGAGAUUCCUCAAAUCCAAGUCUUUUGGGGAAGACAAAACCGCUUGGUGAUAACAUGGGAAGAUGAAGACAGAUUUCGUCAGAACUAUCAAGAGUUCUUCGAAGAUGAAGCGGCGACGUCAUCAGCACCUUAA